CCUCUUCUUUCCGCUUUUUUACUUUCCCACUCGAAAAAGAAAAAGAAAAAGAAAAAAAAACACCAUGUCUAGCAACCAACAGCUCGAUACAAGUGCCACUGUCACUAUCCCUGUUAUCGACUUCAGCUUGUUCACCUCGGACCCUGCGGAGUGCGCACGUCAGGUCGGCGAAGCCAGUCAGCACAUUGGCUUCUUUUAUCUCAAGAACCAUGGCAUCCCUCAGGACCUUAUCGACCGUAUGUUCGAGUGCAGCGAGCGCUUCUUCCAGCGGCCCCUCCAGAACAAGAGUCAGUAUCUCAUUGGCCCUGGCAAUAUUGGAUACACUCCCAUAAAAUCCGAGACUCUAGAUCCCGAGCAUCAGACCAUGGGCGACUUGAAAGAAGCGUAUAAUAUUCGCAAGUACUCUAUCAAAGACGACUCAACGAAUUACUUUGUUCAGGGCAACAAGGCUGAGCAGGAAGACCUCGGUGUUUUCUACAAGGACCUUCAUCGUUUGUCGAGGGACAUCAUGCAGUGCUUUGCAAUUGCACUCCAGGUGCCUGAGACAUCCGGUGGUCGGCAUUACUUUGAUAAGAGCCACGAAUGGGAUGCGGACUCAGGCACCACGCUGAGGUUCCUUCACUAUCCUAAGCAAUCUGGUGACCCCAACACACCCCUGGCAGGAAGCCAUACCGACUACGGGUCCAUCACGCUCCUGAUGCAAAAGGAUAUCGCCGGUCUCGAAGUCCAGGCAUCGCGUGUGCACAAGGAUGUGCCCUGGGUAGCUGCGCCUGUAAUCCCCAACACUAUCUUGGUCAACAUCGCGGACCACCUCCAGAUGUGGACUAAUGGCCUGCUCAAGUCGACGAUGCACCGCGUCAUGUACAACCCUCAGCAGCAGCACCACUCUCGCUACUCGAUCGCCUGUUUCAUCCACGCGAACGAUGAUACUCGACUUGACCCUAUCCCCUCACCGUUGAUCACGCAGGAGAUGAGGGCUGAUGCUGUGGAAUUCGAAGAGGGACGAAACAUGACCGCUGGAGAGUACCUCGAUUGGAGACUGGCCCGAUCGUAUAACUACGACCAUCACUUGGAGGAUGCCUAAGACCACACGCAUGCUGAGAACACAUAAGCGCGCUCCUAAAUAAAGAAACAGCUCGCUAUUCAGUGGGCGAAGCACAGCACGAAACCUUAUUAUUUAGGGGCAUUUACCUCUACUCUCGUCU